CCAUCUCUCCGUGCACAGACGGCGUUCAGCACUUUGUGGAGGUGGACAGCGAUUUAUUUAUUUAUUUAUUCAUUCAUUCAUUUCUUCAUUUAUUUAUUUUUUUGUAAAGAAGCUGAUCUUUUUUUAUUCAUCCAGAGGAGCGAACCACUUUAGGAGAGGAGGGACUUUGGUGGUGACCUGGUGUUAAUAAGUAAAUCGUCGUCAGAUUUCUGUGCAUGUAUUCGGCAGCAGGUUUAUCCACUCAGAGGCAGCAGCGGCUGCGAUCCUAUUUUUAGAAACAGCGUUGCUGUAGGAGUCAAUCAAAUUGGCGGCUACAACAGUGUUUUCAUGACAAUCUGCUGCUUCUUUUUUUUUGGGUGCUGCAGUCUUCUGAGAUUCCCAUCAGCGCUCACCGGGUCAUGAGAUAGGACGCUGCAUUUAGAUCUCUCUCUCUCUCUCUCUCUCUUUUCACCUUCUUGUCCUGAGCUGGUGCCCAAUGAUGCCCUUUCUCCUCCUUCUCUCCCGGCACCGGUGGACUGCAAACUUUUACGCAACAGCAUUGUAUGGCACCAGUAGCUGCGAUGCUUUCGGGACCUCGUAUAGUUUUGUGUCUUUUCAGUCUUUGCAAAGGAACAUUGCAGGGUGAGACAUGAAUGAGAACUGUUUCGUAGGAACCAACGGAAGAGCCUGAAGGGGAAAAAAAAGAAAUCAAGAAGCGCGCGGUUGUUUUCUCUCGACUUCUCUCAAGUGUCAGCACCUUUUUUUUGUGUGUAAUCUGGCUCCUAUGGGAAUUAAGCACUCGUCCCGCUGCAUGCUCCUCAGGAGAAAGAUGGCGGAGUCUGAGAGCAUGGAGCAGCCACAGUCGCAGCCGCGGCCAAUACGCAUAAUUCCAUCCCAGUCGGCGCAGCCCACCUCGCUGCCCAAGCCCGUGCCUUCCAUCCAGCACACCCCACGGCCUGUAAUCCCACCGCACACACCCCACGCUGCCAGUCUGCCAAGCUGCCCAGGGCGAGGCAAGAUGUCCAAGUUCCUUAAUCCAGAGGAGAUGACCUCGAGAGACUACUACUUUGACUCCUACGCUCAUUUUGGAAUCCAUGAGGAGAUGCUGAAGGACGAAGUGAGGACGCUCACCUACAGGAACUCCAUGUACCACAACAAGCACGUCUUCAAGGACAAAAUAGUGCUGGAUGUCGGGAGCGGCACCGGGAUCCUGUCCAUGUUUGCAGCCAAGGCAGGGGCCAAGCACGUGUACGGGAUUGAAUGUUCCAGUAUAUCAGAGUACUCAGAGAGGAUCAUCAAGUCCAACCACCUCGACAGUGUUAUCACCAUCUUCAGAGGCAAGGUGGAGGAGGUGGAGCUUCCCGUGGAAAAGGUCGACAUCAUUAUUUCGGAGUGGAUGGGUUACUGCCUCUUCUAUGAAUCCAUGCUCAACACUGUCAUCUUUGCCAGGGACAAGUGGCUGAAACCCGGUGGAUUAAUGUUUCCUGACCGUGCCUCUCUGUACGUGGUGGCCAUUGAAGACCGGCAGUACAAAGACUUUAAGAUACACUGGUGGGAGAAUGUCUAUGGCUUUGACAUGACCUGCAUCCGUAAUGUGGCAAUGAGGGAACCACUGGUGGACGUCGUGGACUCCAAACAGGUCGUGACCAACUGCUGCUUAAUUAAGGAAGUGGAUAUCUACACAGUAAAGCCCGAGGACCUCUCAUUCACCUCAGCGUUCUGCCUCCAGAUCCAGAGGAACGACUACAUCCAUGCACUGGUCACCUACUUCAACAUCGAGUUCACAAAGUGUCAUAAAAAGACGGGCUUUUCCACGGCUCCGGAUGCUCCAUACACCCACUGGAAGCAGACAGUGUUUUACCUGGAGGAGUACUUGACAGUGCGGAGAGGAGAGGAGAUCACUGGUAGCGUUGCUAUGAAGCCCAACGAGAAAAACAUUCGUGACUUGGACUUUACCUUUGAGCUGGAUUUCAAAGGGCAGCUGUGUGAAGCAGCCAUAUCUCACGACUACAAGAUGCGUUAAAUUUGACCGAGGGGGACUACAGUGGUCCAUCGAGUACAACCCCUAAAGCUCCAGGGGGAGACAGGUGACUCACAUGACCAUAAGCACACUGUCCGAUGUAAAAAGGGGACAAUGAUGAGGAGGAAAAAACAGGCUGAGUGACAACAUCACUGCUGCCACUACGGUGUAUGAAGAACACAGGAAGUGACUCGUGACAUUAAACAGUUUUGAAUGUAACAGUGACAAAAAGAAAUGUUCUAGUGUUGAUGAAUGUCAAAGAUUAUUGGUGUACGUGUGGUGUGAGAUGGCAUGAUGUAACUCUGUGUUCUGCUCACUAUUUGUUUGCCAGGAAAAGACGUUGGACCUUAUGGAGGCAUAGCUGUUGUUUUUAAAAACACAGUAGAUCUUAUGGUUAUGAAUCACCGUAUUGUCCACAUUACGUUAUAGUACAAUAAUGAGUUUAGUUUUAUGUCAAAAUGUACUGUAAGGAAUUUUGUAUUUGAUAAAUACAACCAUUUAAUAGCAUUGCAUUUAUAUUUGUGUACAUUUAGCAAUGUUGGAAAACUAGUAACUAUGAAAUAGCACAGCCAAGGACAAGCCUGCGUAUGUACUGUAUAUUUGAAAGGUGAAGUGUUUGCAUUGUCAGUGUACAAGUCGACGUGCCCUGUGUUUUUUUUAGUUUGAGCUAUGAUGUUAAAAUCCAAUAACAUACCGUUCCCAUCCCAAGUGCCGACGCUUACCGAGUUAUUUUCCUCAUUUAUGCAAUUAUCGGUUUUCUUUAGUCCCGUGUGUAGUCAGAAGAGACACUCUCCUUUUAUUGAAUCUUAGAUAAGUUGCUUAAAGUCAUGCUCCUUGAUCACUUUACUGGCUCUGUUCUCACAAACCGACAAGCACUUCAGAGUGGAGAGAGUGCAAUAAGGAUGAAAACUUUGAGUUUUUGCUCUUGUGAUCAUUUCUAGCACUGGAGUUAAAGGAGUUUAUCUCAGUGGACAAGUUCAUAAGAUGAAAAAUGUCCAUCCGCUUCACCUAUGCUCUUCGUACUUGUCAUUGCCAAGAUAUACACUGGAGGGAUUUCUUCAGUCAAGUCAUCCGGGAGAAAGCUUUUGACAUUGAGGAUUACAUUCUUUUAUAUAAUGUUUUUUUUUUUCUUUAAAGAGAUUGAUUUUUUCCUACAUUGACACAGGAGAAGCCAAGAACCAGGCCUCUAUUCUCUUGUCAUUGCCCCCAGUGAAUCUUUACAUGGCUGCAAAUGUAAAAUGUAGUGUCAACACUUGGGGGAUAACACAGUAGAACAUCACAACUCAAAGUACAAUAUCAAUAACUAAAAAGCAAUACAAUCUCAACAGUGCUGUUGAAUAAUUGAUGCUUACAAUCAAUCGUUCAUGCCAAGUCAACUUAUUUCAAUCAGAAGAGUUGUCUAACUGCUUCAAAAGAGUAGCUUUGGAAUAUUUCAUAGAAACACGUCUGAGGAAUGCUCCUUAGGUUUAAUACAAAUCUAAUGAACUCUCUAAUAAUAUUAACAAUAAUAAUUGGCAUGUUAAUUCCACAUGUUUUAU